AUGAUGGACAGCUACAACUUGUCCUGGAAGCUAGCACACUCUAUCCUUGGUUUGACACCUCAGUCUCUCGAUAGCAGUGCAGACUCGGUUCUGGAGACCUUUGAGCAAGAGCGCGUCGACACUGCUCGUCAGCUUAUCGAAUUCGAUGCCAAGUUUUCACACAUGUUUUCUGGCAAAAUGAGUUCAGGCGACUCUGACACAGGAGGACUCACACACGAUGAGUUCUUAAAAGUGUUCCGCGACGGGAGUGGGUUUACCAGCGGCUGCGGCCUUGAGUACAAACCUAGUAAGCUUGUUCGGACUGCUCAAGAGUCUGUGAACAUGGUUACCGCUGGAGGAGACCCUCUCUAUGGUGCUCUCACAACCGGCAGAAGGUUAUUGAACGUUGAGCUAAAGCGCUAUGCUGACAACACUACCCGUCAGUUGCAUGAUGGUAAGCACGACCUUCUACGUUUUGUGUUUGAUUAUGAAAAUCAAUGCUAA